GAAAUAAAUGUCGUGGAUUUUGGAUAUGUCUGUAAAAUAUUUUCGAUAUUUGCAGCGACAACAACGCCUUAAACAACAACAACAAUAACAAGAACGAUGUCGAAUACAACAGCGACGUCAGUAACGUCAUCAACUACCGACGUCACAACACUAAACAACAAUGCGACUCUGCUGGUGGUCGGUAUUGUCGUGGGCGUGGUCUUGGUGGCGCUUUCCGUCGUGAGCGUAGCGGUCGGUUACGCCAUCUACCGGAAGAAGAAGCGGGUACAUCCCCACUCCGAUACCGAGACGUUCUACUCCCCACCGGAGAGCGAGUAUGAAUCCCGGCCUACCACAGCGUCACACAUUCACUUUGAACCGGACGAGGACGAGGCUAUUUCCCGACCAGUGGCGAUGACGCCCUUCGCCCUGAGGAAGCUGUACAUCGAAACCUUUCCAUACUCCAAAUGGAAGCGUGGGUUUGACGGCUCCUUGCGACCGCACAUGAGCUUGCGGUUUGUGGACCCCCGGAUGUACGCCAAGUCGCGCGGCAACGAACGGCAAUUCCGGGCGAAGAUAAACAACUACGAGAACUCUGACCGCCUCACCCUCCGAUCGUCGGCGCUUUCACGUAUGAUGCAGGACGUCAUCAUGCCGACCAUGUCGGAGGUGGGGGAUAUGGAAGCUAUGUAUGAAGCCGGCUACGGGCAUGAAAUGGAUGUUAACGAGGCGGCCGACGGGGGAGGGGUGGGGAUGGAAACCGGAGAAACCCCUCGGUCGCCUCUCCCACAGCUGACGGAGAGGGACGGCUCCGAGAGGGACACGGAAGAAUUGACGCAAAAUAACGUGUCAGUGGGUUGUGACGUGGAACUUAUGUAACGGAUGUUACGUCAUAUAUCUCGUGAAAAGAAACUUUGUACUCAAAGACAGAAAUAACUUGUCCGUUUGUCCCAGAAAUGUUGUAUAUUUUGAACAGGCAUGGCGGUUGAACCAAACUUGAAAAUGUCUUCAUUUUUAUAAAUUGAGGAAGAUGUUAAAAAAAUUCUUAAUCAUUGUUUUUUAACAUAU